AUGCUCAGCGUUACCAGAGACAGCUCCCCAGGAGACUCAGACUCGGCAUGCUCUGCCACAAAUCAGAAACCCGAUCGCCAGCGGCGCACCCGAGCCUCCAAGCCCAAGGUGCGCACCGGCUGCAUAACUUGUAAGUUGAGUCCUAGUAUCGUCUCAGGGGCUACACAAGGCGAAGUAAUCAGACGUGUAAAAUGCGACGAGGGGAAACCAGCCUGUGCACGAUGCACAUCGACCGGGCGGCACUGCGACGGCUACGACACGACGGCCUGCCCCAGCCGGGGGAUGACGAGCCCCGCGCGGGCCGAAGAGGCCCAGCGUGGCGCCGAGCAGGCCCGCCGCCAGUUCCUGCGCGAGUACUCUGGCAACACCGCGCUGCAGGGCCUGCGGCCCAUCGUCGCCGACAUUGAGGGCUCUGAGAUGGAGCGCCGCUUCUUCCACCACUUCCGGUCCGCGGCCGCCGGCGGCUUCCAGGCCAGCGCCUCAACGGCCGCCGGCCCCUUUUGGACACGGGUGGCGCCUGAGAUGGCCCGGCGCGACGGUGCCGUCAAGCACGCCCUGAUCGCGCUGGGCGCCGCCUAUCGGCUGUUCCAGCAGUCCUCAGCUGAAGAGUAUUCGCUCUCGGUCGAGGGCGGCACAGGAGCGACACCAGGCAUUGCGAUAGAGUCGCCGCCGAGAGAAAACAGUACAGGGGCGGAGAGUCCAGAAGAGUUGGAACUGUUCACGAUCCAGCAGUACAACCACAGCAUCGCCCUCCUCCAGGCGCACGCGUCGUCCACUAGCCUGGACAGUAUCCGCGUGACGCUCGUCUGCUGCCUUGCCUUCAUCUUCCUCGAGAUGCUCCGCUCCAAGGAGACGGCAGCGCUCACCCACCUGACCAACGGUCUUCGCAUCCUGGAGUCUCUGCCGCGCGAGGCAUUCGACUCCGUCACGGCGACUGGCCACCCCACGGGCUCCGAUCCGCACAUGGACGACAUCAUCCGCAUGUUCUGCCGCCUCGAAUGUAGCGCCACCCUCUUCGCCGCCAACAUCCGCCCAUCCAUCGCCCUGCGGACCUACCACCAGUCGCUGAGUAGUAGCAGCAGUAGCGGUGGCGGCGGCGGCGGCGACGACAGCCCGAUAGCAAGCUGGCUUCUACCUGAGAGAUCAAUCACCGACGUCCACGAACGUUGCAACAGGCACGCUUGCAGUGUGAUAGCGCGCAUCUACGAGACGAGAGAGCACUACGGCGAUGCCAACUUUUGGUCCGACCCGCACCAGCGCCGGCAGCAAGAGAUACUCUGCGCACGAUCCCGAUCCCUCCGCGAGGUCGUGCGAGCCUUUUCCGCGUCCGAUGCCGCGUCGGGCCUCGGAGCCGCCGAGUUCUACGCGCUGGACCUCGACCUGCUCCACCUGCUAUGCAUGGACAUGUUUGCGCAGGCCAUGACGGGACUGGUGCGCGACGACCAAGACGCCAAUAACGACCCCUCCGAAUACGCAGACAUCGACCCGAGCCUUAGGUCGCACCCUCAAAGCCGGUACGGUCCCGCCGGGUCGAGUAGUCGGUCGCAGGCGGCGCUGAAGGAGAUACUGGGCGUGGCAGGCCGGCUGAUGGAUACGGCGGCCUCGAUCCGCCGGGGCCGGCAACGGCAGGACCGCGACGAGGGCGUGGCGGGCUUCACCCACGAAGCCGGGGUGCUGCCCCCGCUGUACCUCGUGGCGACCAUCGCCGAGGACUCUGCAGUCCGCCAGGCGGCGCUCGAUCUGCUCAAGGGGGCCAAGGUCCGCGAAGGGUUCUGGGACGGGCAAUCUCUGUACCGUCUCGUGCUCUGCGUCGGCGACAAGGUGGCCCAGGGCCGCUGGCCUUUCCACGUGGUGCCUAGUUCCCUCACGGGCCUGGGUGCCAUUCCAGACAUGUGGCGGCUGUUGGAAAGGAUGGAUAUGGAGGACGAUAUGCAAUGA